AUGUUUUCAUUGGCGGCAGACCAGAUGUCUACGUCGAGGGAGAUCGAAAAGCAUGUUCAAGAUAUCCAGAUUGAUAUUAAAGAGGUCCGAGAAGAUAUCUUGACCGAAUUUGCAGCCCAGGAUGCGUGGAGACACAAGUGGGAUCUCGUAGCAUCUAAAUGCAUACAGUUUGAAGAUUGCAAUACAUCCGAGAAACGUGCAACUGUACUCAAUUGGGUUUGCUCAGAGAAUGUCGACACAAAACACAACGAUGUCAGCAAUAGGAUGCAGGAAGGAACCGGCCAAUGGCUUCUAAGAGAACCAAAAUUUCAAGAAUGGUAUACAGGAAGUUUGCACACAAAGAUAUUGUGGGGUUAUGGCAUUCCCGGGGCUGGGAAGACAUUCAUAAGCGCUGCUGUGUUCAAUCAUCUUGAGGAACAAUCAUCGGCACUGAACUACGGAAUGGCACAUAUAUACUUCGAUUAUAAAGAAAGGGAACAGCAAAGGCCGGGAAAUGUUGUUUCCAGCUUAGUCAAGCAAUUCGCUCGUAGAAUACCAUACCUUCCCGCGGUCCUUGAAGAGAUCCAUGGUAAAUUCAAGAAUCAUCUAAAGGGGCCCACUUUGGAGGAACUCUACCCGGUUCUUAUUACAAUUACGAGAUUAUUCUAUCGUUCAUACAUCAUCUUUGACGCCCUCGACGAGUGUGAUGAGAAGCAGAGGAAAGGUCUCCUUCCUUUACUGCUUCGUAUGGAGAAAGACGGUAUCAACCUCUUUUUAACGAGUCGACCACAUCCAGAGGACAUUCAAGAGUAUUUUGCCAAUGGAAGCUUGAGAAUUGAGAUUUCUGCGCACGAAGAGGAUAUUCGGCGAUAUGUUGAAAAUAGAAUUAAAGAGAAUUCUCGAGCGAAAAGACUUAUUAAACAAGGGAAAUGUCAAGAGAGAAUCGUUACUGGCCUGUUGGAUUGCGCCAAAGGAAUGUUUUUGCUUGUUCACUUCCAUAUCGAGUUUCUUUGCCAGCAGACCACCGCAAAGAAGAUACUCUUAGAGCUUGGAAGGAUAAAAGACUCUUCCUCUCGAGGCCUCGAUCCUACGUAUGAUCGCGCCAUGGAGAACCUCCACGGACAGGCCAAAUGCUGUGAAGAGAUGGCCUUGAAGAUCCUUCUGUGGCUUGUUAAAGCCAGAAGAACGCUUACGGUUGACGAGAUCAGAGUAGCUAUAUCCAUAGAGGAUGAUAGAUAUGAGCUUGAUGAGCUUGAUUUACCGGAUAUAGCAACCUUAUUAGAUAUCUGCGCUGGCCUUGUAAUAAUCGACGAAGACACAAACACCAUUCGAUUGGCCCAUUAUACCGUCCAAGAAUAUCUUCUGAAGAAAAAUGUCUUUCAAGAAGAUGCAGAUUUAUAUCUCGCCAAGACUUGCGCAACUUAUCUGUUAUUCGACGCAUUCACCACUUGGAGCUCUUGCGAAACCUAUCGUGACGCGGUGGAACGGCUCGAAACACACCCGUUCCAGGCCUACGCAGUAUCUCAUUGCUUUCACCAUCUCAAGGCAUGCCCUGAAGAGUACACAGUGGAUGUUGUUCUUAAAUUUCUAAAACACGAUUGCGCCCGUCGAGCUUAUCUUCAAUUGUACGAGAUUGUCCGGGACAAUAUACCCGCUGUUUCACAAUAUUGGGGCUGGAUUGAUCUAAUUCAAAGUCCAUUGCACGUAGCAUGUAUUCUGGGACAUCGAUUAGCGGCCUUGCAGUUGAUAAAUUCAGGUGCUGAUAUUUCCGCUCUUGAUUCUUGGGGCCGUACUGCACUCCAUAAAGCGGCUCGCGGAGGGCAUGGGGAUGUUAUUGACUUAUUGCUUGAAAAUGGAGUCGACGUAUCUUGUCAAGACUAUCACGCUAGAACAGCUCUGCAUACUGCAGCAUCUCAAGGCCAUUCUAAAGCAGUUUUGCGGCUGAUCAAAGGAGGUGCUAGUGUUUUGACACCGGAUCAUUGGGGUUGGACGCCGAUAUACAUGGCGGCCUGCAAAGGAGAUGUGGAAAUGGUCCUUUUGUUGAUCGCUCACGGAGCCGAUCUUAAUGUUCAUGACCUUGAGGGACAAACCCUUCUUCACAAAGCGGCAUAUAAUGGUCAUUUGGAAGUAGUUAGGGCAUUAAUCGAGAGAGGUGUGCCCAUAUUGGACCAAAGCAGAGCUGAAUGGACAGCACUGCAUUACGCAGCGAUACAAGGGCACCAGACGGUGACCAAGCUUUUGCUCGAGAAAGGGGCCGAUCACUCUACCCAAGACGAAGACGGUCAAACAGCGUUGCAUAAGGCGGUGAUUUCCGGUAGCGAAGCAACUGUUCGACUGUUGCUCGAAAAGGGUGCUAGCCCCUCUGUUCAAGAUCAGGAUGGAGAAACAGCCCUUCACGAGGUCGCAGAAGAUGGGGGUGAAGUAGUUGGCAUCUUACGUCUUCUCCUUGAAAAGGGAGCUGAUGUAUCUGUCCAGGAUAGAAAGGGCGAAACAGCGCUACACAGGGCUGUAAAUCAUCGAAACCUAAUCGCCGCUCGGUUGUUGGUCGAUGGAGGUGCGUCUGUCUCAACGCAGUCUCACAUUGGAUGGACAGCAUUGCACCUGGCAGCGUCCACAGGGUCGACAGAUAUGAUGCAGUUAUUAUUGAACUGUGGCGCGGACUAUUCGAGAUGCGACAACGAGGGACGGACAGCGCUACAUAUAGCCGUGCUUCGAUGUCACUGCGAUGUUGUCCGUCUACUGCUUAAGACGGGGGCUGCACCCGGAAUUAGAGAUGUAAAAGGAGAAACCCCACUACACAUUGCAGUGACCCAGGAAAGCAAAAAUAUCGUCGAGUUACUUCUUGGGGUAUCCCCUAUUAGGCUCGUGAACAAAAAUGGAGAGUCCGUACUGGAUAAGGUGAAGGCCAAAGAUAUUUUUAAGAUGGUUGUUGCUGAGGUCGAAAGGCGUGCCAUGAGAAGAUACACAUUUAGGACUCGGGUUUGUUAA